UCCUGAUGCCCAUCUUAAAUUAUACAACAAAUAAUACAUUUUGAUUAUAAUGUACCUUUUAAAAAGUAUUUUUUCAAAUAACUGUUUUGUUGCUCUGCAUGACAAGGUGUACUGGAAAAUGACAAAUAUCUUGUCACUGUCAGUUGUCUGAUACUCAUAUUGCAAGGGCAAGCGCAAAUAGAUAAAGUACAUUGGUUUCUCCAACUAAAGAACACUACAUAGGUUACUAUCGGACAGUCCAUAGUUUCUUUGUGUUUUUAUGCCCUAGUGAUAUUCUGCCAUUAACAACACCAAAUAUUUAGACACAUGCACCUCCAUGCACGGCGAAUGCAGGUCAAUCGUGGCCGGUCAUGCACGGAGGACAUAAUGCAACCUAUUCUUACCAGUCCUUUUUGCAUUUUGCUUUCUUUAAAUCUUCCUGCUUUAAAUAAAGCGCGUUGCGCAAUACUUUUCAUGCCCAUGCAUACGUCCGUUAAAGAAGUCAAUCGGAAUCCUCGAAUGUCCCAUCAUCAUACUGCAAGAAACACCCAGGAGAGUAUAGGUAGUUGGGUGGAGACGACCAGUUUAGAUGGAGAUUAUGAUUUUCAGUGUCCCUUUCGUGUCCCUGCAGUUGAUGCUAAGGUGUAAUUACGUCAUUCUAGGUGGAAACAAAGCAGCCGUACGGUUGUUCAGCACCACAGAUGCUUCAGACAGCGGACAGUUCGUUCCCACACCGAGAGUACAUUUGAGGCAAAAGAACACCAGGGAAUAAUCCGAACCAUCCGAGAUUUUUCUUUUUUAAUACGGUGAUACACGGAUAAAGGAUGAUCUAUUUCUCAUGCCGCUUGCGUGCUAUGGUAUGCCUAUGGAGUAUUUAUCUCUGGAAGAACGCGUGCAUUAACUUUAUUAUCGCAUUUUUUUAGUUUCGAGACCACUGCCUAGUUUUCUCCUAGUCUUCAUACGAACAACAAAUGGAACUGUGGAUUGGGGCUUUGUUUUCCUUUUAAGAUAAGAAUCCGAGCUCAGUAAGAUCAGCCAUGGAUGCAGUGCCGGAGUAUUCCCUUUUUCUAGUGAGAAUUUUGGAGGAGCUGGACACCAAGUACACCAGUGUAUCUUACCAGGACCUCUGUAAGUCUCUAUGUGCUCGGUUUGACCUGGUCCACCUUGCCAAGCUGCGGAGUCUGCUGUUCUACACAGCAUGCCUGGACCCAAGUUUCCCUGCCACUUUGUUUCGAGACAAGAUGCGAUGCUCAGUGGAAGAUCACCAGUCCAAAAAACUCAUGGUGGCCGCUGACAUUGUCACCAUGUUUAACCUGAUUCAGAUGAAUGGGGGCAUUGCUAAAGACAGGUUGCCCAUGGGACGCAGGCCAAAGUUCCAUAAGAAUCAGUCCUUCGAGUCUUGCCGCUCCGAUACCGAGGUCUACAAGUAUGCUGACUGCGACAAAGCGUAUGAGUUCUUGGACGUCAGAGGUCAUCCUAUUAGCCGUAACUCCCCCGGCUCGAAAUCAGACUGUAACAACUGUCAGCCGUUCAUACCGACCUCCGACCCCAACUUCCUCCUGGGAGUCAACAAGGAUUUGAAAUGUAGAGCAGCCUCAUUGGAUAAGCUCCAGCACCUUCCCCAGUACUCCAGCGGCAGCCCUCCUCCAUGUGAAAUGCAGAGCACAUAUUUCCCAAUGGAUACAGACAGUGAGUCAACGACAGACCAGGACUCCCUGCAAAUGAAUACGGGGAUGAAGGAAGUGUUCAUAUCCAACGCCGAGCCGUUCACGGUGCACUCGUGCGUGCAAAAAAGGAACAUUUUCAAGGAGGACUUUCACAACCUGGUGGCCUUUUCCCCCCACGUGAUUAAGAACGAGGUGAAGGCGGGCCUCAAACCCCACAGAGACCACCACAGCAGGGACUACCACAAGCCCCCCACCUUCUUCAACCACAGCUUUGAGCUGCCGUACAGCAACCCCUACUUUGAGCCAGUCAGCUCCCCAGCUCCAGAGAAGAAGAGGGUGAAGCACGAGAGCCUGGACGACCUGCAGGCGUCCACGUACUUUGGGCCGACCACGGUCUCGGAGUGCGUGAACACAAAGCGAACCACGGCAGGGAAGCAGGGCAGGCAGCCCCACUGGCCGGUCAAGAGCCUCAGUCUGAACACUGAGGAGGGGCCUGAUUUCGAGAGGUCUUUUCUGAGCAGCAAGCAGCCAAAAGACAAUCAUCGUCAUAACAUCAACAGCAUAGACAAUGACCAUAAACCAUAUCAGUGUGCCAAAGAGAAGUCCACUGCCUCUCCUUUAGGGUUUCCAAAGAAGUCCAAUGGACCUAAAACAAAGGACAUGGCCUCCAUGGCUUGCGUCCCAAACGGGGAUAAAAGAGAUGGUGCAAAAAGGCACAAAGACAAAAGUGUAAACUGUGCGUCUUUUCAAGCUGGUAAUGUCGAUAGCGGACUUAGUGUUGGGACACAAACGGAACAAUCGGAGCAAAGAAAGCUUAAGGACUAUUCUAGCCACUGCAAAUAUGCUGACAGGCAGUCAUUCAAGCACUCUGACGAGGAUUCUGAGAUCGUCAGCGAUGACAUCAGUGACAUAUUCCGCUUUCUGGAUGACAUGAGCGUGUGUGAAUCCCUGGGUGUGGUCCAGUCAUCAUGCUACAACAGCAAUGGUUCCCUCUCUCAGGUGACCAAGUCUGAUGGCGACAGCUCACCCGAGCGGAACACCAUAAAGCUGGCCAAGUCGGGGCUAAAACUGGACCGCUUGUUCCAGUCGCUGGAGAGCUCGGACGACGAGCUCAAGGCUAGCGUGUGCAAACUGGUUCUCCGGAUCGGGGAGAUCGAGAAGAAGCUGGAGUCCCUCUCCGGGGUGCGCGGAGAGAUCUCGCAGGUCCUCUCCAAGCUCACCAAGCUAGACGAGAAGAUCCAAGAGCCCGAUGCUAACGGGAAGCCAGGCGAGUCAGGCCAGGCGGACCAGAUGCACCUGGACGCCAACCUGUCACCGCACGUGUUCCAGUGCCACACCACCGGGCACAACGUCAAGGUGGACAGCAACCAGGAGUGGUGCUGCCCGGAGGCCGGCGGCAGCGACAGCCUGAGGGUGAAGGCGCUGAAGAAGAGCCUGUUCACCCGCCGGUCCUCGCGCUCGCUCAACGAGGAGAACAGCGCCACUGAGUCCAAAGUGGCCAGCAUCACUAAUUCCCCCCGGGACUGGAGGACUGUGUCAUACUCCAGCCACCCCGGGGAGGAAGGGAAAGACAAGGACAGAGAGAGCAAGGACAGACACCGGAAAGCCAAAGAGACGGACCGCCAGUAUGAGAUUCAAUCAGCUCACCGUUCCUCCAAACCUCCAAAAGACUCCUACCUGGUAGAGCAGGUGUUCAGCCCCCACCACUUCUCCCCCUCGGUCAAGUCCCACAAGGGCAGCCCGCUCUACACAGACCUGAGGCUGACCCACCUGUCGGAGGCCAAGCGCUCUCAGCCCUCCUGGACCAUAGAGGAGUACAAGCGCAACUCAGGAGAGAAGGGCAAGCUGGCCGCACUAGACCUGCAGACCCAGGAAUCCCUGAAUCCCAACAACCUUGAGUACUGGAUGGAGGAUAUCUACACGCCGGGCUAUGAUUCGCUGCUGAAGCGCAAAGAGGCGGAGUUCAGGAGGGCUAAGGCGUGCAAGAUUGGAGCGCUCAUUGCAGCCGCCGCCUGCACUGUGAUCCUGGUCAUAGUCGUCCCCAUUUGCACAAUGAAGACCUAAGGUUGUGUUGUUCUUUGAGGUAGUCGUGAUGUAGGUCUGCAGUGCCAGCUAUGUUAGUAAUCAGUGGAUAUAGAAAUGUUGACAGGAAUAUGUGUAACAUUUUAAUAUUAUCAGAAGAUACAUAUUUAAUGCAUUUUUAUUUAUUGUUAUCAAUAUUUAUGGAUAAUUACUUAGAUUAUGAACAUUUAUGUGGUUCAGAGAUUGUAAACUUGUUUUUUUUAGGCAAGACUUAUUGUACUCUAUUGCAGUUAGUAUAGAACACAUUUUCUUUACAAUUUAUGACUAAACUGCAAUUAACAGCAGAGGAAUGCGUUUUGUUUUUGAAAGCGUAGGAUAUUUUUAUUUUGAUAUUUCCAAAAGCCUUUUUUUGCUGAGAAUUAUUUUUGUGAAUAAACCUAUAGUGUAAUGAAAUGGAUCAAAAGGUUUUAUCUGACAAAUCAAGAAAGUUUUACUGGGUUUGUGCAAUGCAUUUAUUUCCAUUGUAUGUACUGGAGCUAGUACAUAGUAUAUGGCAGGCUUGUAGAUUGAUCAAGAGAUGACCUGAAUGUAUGGAAAGCCAUUGUGUAUUAUAACAGGGAUUUAAAGACAUCCCUCAUUCUGAUCACUAUUGUAAAUGUACUGAAGUGUGUUUCUCUCUCAUCAUUUAUAUUGUAUUCUUUAAUCCAAAUAGUUGACAGCACAAUGCUGCUUCUCUGGAGCAGGAUCAUUAUUUGCCUAGUUCAUUCAAAAUUACUUAUAAAUACUUGAAACUCCUCUCUACUGUCACAGCCCACUGGGAUGUGGUGUCUUAACUGUGCCGAAUGCCUUUCGGGAUAUUAAAACAAACAAACAAAAAGAGGAAACUCUCUGCCACUCUCUCUGCUCCACGAUCGUUUAUCGUGUAGCCUACUCUAUAUCGAGGGGCCUUAGCACAGCUGAAUGAAAACUGACAAUUGGUCAGAAAAUGCCAGCCCAAUACAUAUCCCUUGGCCCAGACACUUGCGUGACUGAGAUGGGCACAGACAACGCACACGGCGUAACAGGGAUAUGGUAGAGAUUUAACUGUUAGCUUGUCAUGGAGCCGAGUGCCAAUCAACAAUCCAUUCACCAUUUGGCGCUGCUUUUGGGCACUGAGCGUUACCGUGGGGAUGGAAUGGGCCAACUCAGGCCAAUUGUGUUGUGUUUGUAUUUCGACAGCUUGGUUGACCAGUCCAGAAUGUUUGCUUGUUGCCUUCAACACAGGAACUGUGAGCCGUAGCACACUGUAGGAUUUUGUAAAUACUUUCAGGAUACAAGCGCAUUAUGUGAAGGUGUAACUGGAAUAUUAAAAACAAUAAACAAUUACUGUUCUGACUGUUCAGUGUGUGACUA